CUUCAAACAUCCCCACUCACUGUUCAGUGCAAACAGCACCAUGACGCUUGUGUUCCUAGCAGCGUUAGUGGUUUUAGCUCCAGCGCUAUAUUUUGGAUAUCUCGUUUACAAACAUAAGGAUGUGAAACUACCAGGACCGACGCCAUAUCCUUUUUAUGGCUUGAAAUCGCCUACGGAUAUCUAUGGAUUAUUCAAGAUGUAUUGCGAGCUCACGCAGAAAUAUGGAAAAACUUUCAAAAUGUACUUAGGAAGCACUCUACACGUGGUAACAACCGACGCAACAUUUCUAGAGGAUCUCUUGAGAUCGAAUGUCCACAUCACAAAAUCGCAUAUAUAUGACAUGACUAGACCAUGGAUUGGCGAUGGACUACUCAAUAGUGUAGGUAUGAAAUGGAAGCAAAGAAGGAAGAUGUUGACUCCUUCAGUGCACUUUUCAGUAGUAUCCAGCUAUCUUCCUAUUUUCAAAAGAUCUGCUGAAAUUCUAGUUCAGCGAAUUUAUAAACAAUUAGAGACAGAAUCAGUCAUCGACAUACAUCCUUUCGUUCCUACAUUCACAUUGGACAUUGCCGGAGCGACAUCUUUUGGGUAUGACUUUGGAAGUCAGGAAGGCCGAAACCACGAUUUUCUCAAAGCAGUUGAAAAUUUCACGAAAACUCUUUGGAUUCGAAAUUUUUCAGUCUGGCAAAGGUCCUACACUCUAUUCAAAUUGUUCUCCAGUAAAUACGCUGCUUUCAAGAAAGAUUUAGAUAUUAUAAUUGGGUUGUCCUAUCGGGUGAUUGACAACAAACGGGAAUAUUACGAAAAACAUGGGAAAGUACAGGGGAUUGACAGCAAUGAAAAUAGUUAUAAGAAAAAGGUGGCUCUCAUAGAUGCUCUGUUGCAGUUGCCCGGCUUGUCGGACAGGGAUAUCCAGGAAGAAGUGAAUACGUUUUUGUUUGGGGGAAACGAUACCUUGGCAACAGCACUGAGUUUCAACUUGUAUGAACUUUCCAAACAUCCUGAAAUUCAAGCCAAAUUGUACGAAGAAGUGAGUCAUUAUUCAGAAAUAGAUCCUGAAAUGUCUUUGGAUACUUUGCAAGCAAUGCCUUAUUUGCAUAAGGUGAUCAAGGAAACACUGAGACUGCGUACAACAGUUCCGAUCGUCGAAAGGUUAUUAGAAGAAGACGCUGUGAUUGGGGGACUCAAAUUACCAAAGGGAACAGUGAUUUCAAUGGCGGUAUACUGGCUCCACCAUAACAGCGAAUACUAUCCAAAUCCAGAAAAAUUCGACCCUGAAAGGUUCGAUCCUGAAAAUGAUAAAAAACGUCCCACCUACUCAUUCCUGGCAUUCAGUGCUGGACCAAAAAAUUGUAUAGGUCAAAGAUAUGCCAUGCUGGUAUUGAAGAACACCAUUUCUAGGAUUAUCAAAGAGUUUGAGCUUUUGCCAGUACCCGAUCACAAACUGGAAUUAGGAAUGGCUCUAGUUUUGAAAUCAAAAUAUGGAUUGCCAAUAAGAUUCAAACCUAGGCCGAAAAUUGAAAAGGACUACUGCCUUAUGAGAAAACAUUCUGAAAAACAAAUAAAUGUGUAGAGAUGUAUUCUUGAACGAUAGCAUUGAAAAUUGUAUUAUGAAUUAUAUUGCCAAUUAAGGUGUUA